AUGUCAGGCGCAUAUUCCCGAUCAAGUGGCCUUAUCCAGAGGCGAACUGCUGCAGUUAACAACAACGCGUCAGAGGUAUCAGGUGACGACAAGGAGGAUCAAUUGAACGACAGAGAGACAGAGGAGGAUCAUGAUUCGAAGGAAACGAGGCUUACACUGAUGGAAGAAGUUUUGUUGCUGGGAUUGAAGGAUCGUGAGGGUUACACAUCCUUUUGGAAUGACUGUAUAUCAUCAGGGUUACGUGGCUGCAUACUCAUCGAGCUUUCAUUGCGAGGUAGAAUUGAAUUAGAAAAGGCUGGAAUGAGACGUCGCAGUCUUGCAAACCGAAAAGUAAUAUGUAAAAAUGAUCAGCCAACAGGAGAUGUAUUACUUGAUGAAGCUCUGAGACAUAUAAAAGAAACACAACCACCAGAAACAGUACAGGCUUGGAUAGAGUACCUCAGUGGUGAAACAUGGAACCCAUUGAAAUUGCGAUACCAGCUCCGUAAUGUCCGUGAAAGGCUGGCUAAAAACCUCGUGGAAAAAGGUGUUUGCACCACAGAGAAGCAAAAUUUCUUGCUCUUUGACAUGACAACUCACCCACUUACUGAUAACAUUGUCAAACAAAAGCUUGUCAAACGAGUCCAAGACUCAGUACUGAGUCGCUGGACCAAUGACGCUCACAGAAUGGACCGACGAAUAUUGGCCCUCAUUUAUCUGGCACAUGCAUCAGAUGUUUUGGAAAAUGCAUUCGCUCCUUUAUCAGAUGAAGACUAUGAGGUUGCUAUGAAAAGGGUGCGGGAGCUGCUGGAUCUGGAUUUUGAUGCGGAGAGUAUGAAGGAAGGGACAAAUGAACUAUUGUGGGCUGUUGUUAGUUCAAUGAGCAAGUGA